AAUAAAAACUUUUCUAGCUUGUAGCAGCCUUAAAACAUAAUCUUAUUUACUUAAAUCUUGUUAUAUUUUGAAAAACAAUGAAGAAAUAACAAACAGGUGCACUGGAUUGUUUUACACUAUCAAAAUAAUCAGCUAAAUUUAGACAACGAUUUGAAAGAAAUCUUCUGCAAUAAAAUAAAUAUUAAACAAUGACUAAAGAGUCUGACAUUGUUCAACAAGCCAGAAAAGGUUUUUCUGAAACUGAAAACCACUCCCUUACAAGGAAGGAAAACUGUGAACUGAAUAAACGGAAGAAACUGAAUAAACGAAACAUUUCAAUUCUUUCAAGCAUAAUAAUAUCUAUUGGAUGCAUCGGAUAAGCUGUUAUUAGCAGAUGAGUUUAAAGAACUUGUGCGUAAAUCGCUUUACGGUUUUAAAGUGACCUAAGCCUGAAUUUCAACUAGUUUACAAGGAUGUUGGAAAGGAUUUAUUCAACUAUGAAUUUGUCUUGGAAAAAGUACAUCUUCAUAACUACUGUUCUUGCCAUUCUAAUAAUUGAAGCAUAUUGCCGGCCGUCUGAUGAAACCUUUUCAAGAUCAAAAAGACAAGCUGUCGAAGAAAAACAGUUUAUCGGUGGAUUAUCUACGCUUGGUGCACUCGUCCAACCUAUAUUAUUCAUGAUUGGCAUGGCUAAUAUGAUGGGAAGAAUUCCUAUGUUUUUCAACAGAAUGCGUGAUCGUUUUAGUUCAACUCUCUCUGGUACAGGAGCUCCUGCUGGAGCUGGAAGAAAAAAGAGGUCCUUAGAAAACUUUGACGAAGUUUUAGAACAAAAAUCCAAUCAGGCUCUCAGAAUGUUAGAUGAGGCGGGACAUAAAUACCAAGAAGAUAGCUGAAAUUUUAGUUAACAAACAUGGAGUUCUCGCAGAUAGGAAAGAAACAAAAAAUGAAACUUCAAAACGGAAAAGAUGGAGAAAUAGGACACCCAAUGCCACUUACAAUCAACAUCAUCUUAAAUACUCAUCAUCAGUCUUAGGUAGCAUUCGUUGAUCGAUGUGCCACAUCACACUUUUGUCUUCAUUUGUCAGAGUUAACUUGUAAAUGAUAAUGUAAAUAAACGUCUUACUUUCGAUAAUAUUUUUGCUUUUGAGUGUAUUUUUCAACGUAAAAAAAAAAUUUUCAGUAAUAUUUCACGAAAUCGACUUCGAUAUUUAUGGAAAAAUUCUGUCAACAAUAUAAUUUCAAGCAAAAUUUGCUCCGUAGUUAAAGUAAUUGAUUGAACAGUUUUUGAAAACAUUCUGAAUCUAUGAAUGUUAAAUACAUAACUCAACUAGGAAAUUCAUAGUUAACGGAAAAGAUGGAGAAAUAGGACACCCAAUGCCACUUACAAUCAACAUCAUCUUAAAUACCCAUCUAUCAGUCUUAGGUCGCAUUCGUUGAUCGAUGUGCCACAUCACACUUUUGUUUUCAUUUGUCAGAGUUAACUUGUAAAUGAUAAUGUAAAUAAACGUAUUACUUUCGAUAAUA